AAUGAGAUGUUCGACGAGCAGGUGUCCACAUACUUAUGUAGUGUAGCUAGCUAACGUUAGUCAGGUUAAUUUACUUACUUGUUGUUGGAAUCUCGUGCAAUAAACCAUCAAACAAUUCAGAGGAUUUGUAAAUACAUAAAUUACUAUCUUUGGAUAUGGAAUUUUGAAAUCCAGAUGACAUUAUUAGUUGGUUAGCUAGCUAGCCGUAUGGGAUAGCAUGUGGAAAUCAACCAGCGCCUGCAAGCAACAAGUAGUAGCGAAGCUUCAUCCCCAUGGAAACUGUUGAUUUCGCGCUUUCUUCACUCAGAGUUGGUGGAUUUUAGAAACAGGAACUCCCCAAAGUUGUUGCUAAAUCUGGACGUUUGUAGAUACCAUCUCAAGAACAAACAGAAAUAUGGUUACUUUUCCGUUAAAACAAAAUAUUGAAGGGUAGUAAAACAAAAGUCCGUCGGUCGUCACUAGUUACCACAGCCAUUAAGCCAUAUGCCGCGUUCAACACAACUGGGAACUCGGAAAAAUACAAGGUCAAAUCAUGACGUCAGUAAUCUUCAGGCCGGAAAGUCGGCGCUCGAGAAAGAGGCCCGAGUUGGAUGACCGUCCAAAUCGAUAUUUUUCCCAAUCGGAGAUUCCCGAGUUCCCAGUUGUUUUGAACACGUCAUGGUAAUUCGGAAAUCUUCGACGUCCGACUUCAGUGCGUUCAAAAUAUCUGGGAACUCGGAAAAAACGAGCCCCGAUUGGGAACAAUCGAUUUGAACGGAUUUCCAACUCUUUCUAGACCUGAAGAUUCCUGACGUCCAUUACGUAUUUUUCCGAGUUCCCAGUUGUUUUGAAUGCAGCAUAUGAUGCAAACCCUGUCCAUCGUUAGCCUACAACGUGUCGUCAUCCACUGGUGCAAGAUGGAUGUUGUAGUCUCGCAGUUUGUUUAGACAACGACCCUAUGAUCCUUCCGCAUUUCAGAUGGAAAUGAUCAACACCAACAUCAGGAGAUGACAAUUUAGGAACUAUCUUGUUAAUUUACGUUAUAGCUAACUAAUCGAUUACACUUUGUUGUAAACGAAAUGGAAAUUUGAAUACUGAGUUGCUAUAUUUUCAUAAAAUCGUCUUGUUUCAAGCGUUUGGCAAAGUAAGACAUGUCUCUGUCUUGUUAGCUAACGUUAAUUAGCUGGUACUAGCUUGUUGACCCAGUGUUUUGCAGAUGGAUGCAAGAUCUUCAAUACCUUGACAAUGAAACAUGUUGGCUUGUCAAAGAGCUGAAGUCAAACAUUUCUCAAGAAUCAUACUUUUUACCUAGGGAAACUGGCCUGAAUAUAAUGGAGUCUGCAGCAGAGAAUCACAAUGGAGUCUCUGCAAAAUGCAGAAAUGCCAAAGUUGAAGACUUGUGGAGCCUGACCAGUUUCUUUGGUUUCAGCACCCAGACAUUUGUUCUGGCUGUCAAUCUACUGGAUAGGUUCUUAGCCAUUAUGAAGGUCCAACCUAAGCAUCUGCCUUGCAUUGGAGUCUCCUGUCUCUAUAUUGCUGCCAAAAUGGUUGAGGAUGAGUGUAACAUCUCACCCACCCAUGAACUCAUCCGCAUCAGCCAAAGCAAGUUCACUGUUUCUGACCUCAGCCGCAUGGAGAAGAUCAUCUCUGGAAAACUCAAUUUGGAGCUCAAAGCCGUCACAGCCUUAACCUUUUUACACUUAUACCAUGCUGUCAUCGUAUCACUUACAUCAGAAAGGGAGGAGAUCCCAAGCAUUGGGAGACUGGAAGCCCAGCUAAAAGCCUGCUUAUGUCGGCUUAUUUUCUCUAAAGCAAAACCAUCGGUGCUGGCACUGUCUGUCAUUUGUCAGGAGUUUGAAGCCCUCCAGUCUCUUGCCAUGUUGGAAAUUGUCCAAGAAGUCCAAAGGCACCUAAAGAUUGUUGACAGUGAGUUACUCUACUGGAGAGGACUUGUGGCCAAAUGCAUGACUGAGUACAGCUCAAGUGAAUGUAACAAACCAGACAACAAAAAACUGGUGUGGAUCGUUUCCAGACGAACUGCCCAAAAUUUGCACGCUAAUAACUUCAGUGUCCCUGAACUGCCGACCAUUCCAGAGGGGAGCUGGGGUGAAAGUGAGAGUGAGGAUUCCUGUGAGGACAUGAGCUGUGAAGAGGACAGCCCGUGCAGCUCUCCUGGCAGCGACGAAAAGGGAGCCUUCUUCCCCAUAGAGUUUCGCAACCAGGGCAGAAAAUGAUACUCCCUCUUUUUGAUGAGCUGAAACUUGUGAUUGAGAUUAUGUAACCAGGGUGCUAACUGUAACUUUCCCUAAAUGUAAUGUUUCCCCUUCCUUGUAGUCAUGAUUCAGAACCAAAUUGUUUCUUUCACUUAGCAUACUGUAUGUGUGACAGACUGGUAUCAAACUCGGGUUGCCUGCGAGCCUUGUUAGCCCUCUCCACUAAAGCCUAGGUGUGGACAUAAGUCUUCCUGUCUAAAGCUAGGUUACUGAUCACGGGAGAUUAGUCCAACAAACCUCUGCUACAAACAUAUGUAUUCUGGAAAUACUGAACAACAGGCCCUAUCAAGUGCCUGUGUUAGUCCAUGUGCUGUUUUUAAACGUUUGUUAUGAUUUUAGAUCUGAGUGAGAUUUAAAUUGCAAUAUCUUGGCAGCUGACUGGCAAUAAGAUCUUUGAAAGCCUUUUUAAAGAUGUUGCUGGUGUCAAUCUAUGUCCAAAUUUGACACAUUCCAGGUGACAUUAAGCACAAUGGUGAAAUUAUUUUCUUCCUAGGAUGUCAAACCUGUGCACUGACUGUUUAAAUCAAUGGGAAAUACCCAACAUAUUGGUACAUUUGUGCAAAAAUGUACCUGUUUUAUAGAAUAAUAUUCAUGUAAAAGCUUCCUAUACACCACGUUAUUGUAAUGUGUUCGUAAGAUUAUAUGCAGGAUGAUACUGUAUUCUAUGAAUGGUGACUUGUAUGUAAAUGUGAUUGUGUUCGAGAAUGAUGGGGAUUGUUGUCUAUUGAGAUUCAGUACAUGUGCAAAAUAUUUAUAUUUAAACAAAUAACAAUGUACAUAAAAUGAAGAAAGUUGUAUCAUGCUUUGUGAAUAGGCCAUCUUAUGUUACUGUAUAUCAACAUUGUUAGAAAUGAACCAAGAACCCAACAAAUAAAAGAGUAUUUUUA